AUGACGUUCUGGGCCCGGUAUGUGGAUGAUACCUUCGUCGUUAUCGAUCGAGAUCAGCUGCUGACAUUCAAGGAACGUCUGAAUGCGGUCUCCUUGGACAUACGAUUUACGAUGGAGGAGGAAGAGAACAACCAGCUGGCCUUCCUGGAUGUCCUCGUAUGCCGCAAGGAUUGUGGUGGACUAAAGACCAAAGUGUUCAGGAAAUCGACAAAUACGAUGCAAGUACUGAACUUCAACAGCAACCACCCAAUCAAUCACAAACGCAGUUGUGUAAGGACGCUCUAUCGGCGUGUCGAAACGCACUGCAGUGAGCCGGAAGACAAAAUUGCUGAACUACAAUACCUCCGACGGGUAUUCAAAGCCAAUGGCUACCCGGGCAACUUUGUCAACCGCUGCAUACGCAAAAUGGACGAAAGGCCUAACCGCAGGGACACCAAAGUUUGGCGAGCGCUUCCAUAUGUCAAGAACGUUUCGGAAGCUGUUGGCCGCCUUCUCGCACCGCUGGGGGUUGGAGUUGCACACAGGCCAGAGGCAACCAUCAGGCGUCAAUUGAUGAAACCAAAAGACCCACUGCCACGGCAAGAAACGUCUGGAGUCGUUUAUCGGAUCUGGUGCAGUUGCGGACAAAGCAACUACGUCGGAGAAACCGGAAGACAGCUCCGAACGCGAAUGGCCGAACACGCUGCAGCAGUGCGGAGAAACGACGCCAGCUCUCAAGUUGCGGCUCAUUCGACGGGUUCCGGCCACACAUUCUAA